GAAGUAUCCAAAAGAAAAAAGAAGUAAAAUAGCAGAAAUCUAUCUCAACGAACCCAGUUUAGAAGGAGAAUUGGAUUUAGAGGAUUUUACUUAUAUUUAUGAUUUCUGUUAUCCUAAAAAUGGAACUUGUAUAAGGAAAAAUGAAAAGAAAGACCAUAAAGAGAAUAUUGUUAUUGAUAAUUUUGUGGAAGGUAAUUUAAACUUAAAUGAUUUUAUUAAUUUAGAGGAGUUUGAUUGUCAUGCUAAUGAAUUAUCCAGUCUCGACUUAACUAAUUGUGAGAAGUUGAAGGAAAUUAAUUUUUUUAGAAAUCAAAUUGCCAAUUUGAUUUUGCCGAAUAAUUGUUCUACUCUAAUACGGUUAAAUUGUUCUGAGAAUAAUUUAACCUCUCUAAAUGUCAAUAAUUGUUUCAAUUUAACUGAACUUGAUUGCAAAGAUAAUUUGUUAACUAGUAUCAUUCUUCCUACUAAUCCUACUAACUUGAAGGAAUUAGAUUUAACCAAUAAUAAUUUCAACCAAGACUUAUCUUUUUUAACCCCUUAUACCAAUUUAGAAAGGCUUGAUUUAGGAAACUGCAGAAGUUAUAAAAGUGAUGAAAUAACUAGACAAAAAAUCCAGCAGGGUAUUUACAAUCGUUUCACAGGUUCUCUUGAUUAUUUAAGCGGAAUGGAGAAAUUAAAUGAUAUUGCUCUCAAAUCCCUCACCAACUCCCAAAAUGUCAUUUUGGAGUUUUUAACUGAACUUGUUAAUAAUAAUUUAGUUAAUGAUGAUGGCGGACAUGUUAUUGAACAAUGUUAUACUGUUAAAUGUUAUGGUAUCUCCCAAGACCCCAAGACUAAAAAUUAUGUGAUGGUGACGGAAUAUAUGAUUGAAGGUAAUUUAAGACAACAUUUGCGAAAUAAAACUGGUAAAUUGAUUGAAUAUGAUAAAGACACUGAAUUUUAUCAACAAUAUUUAAAGAUAGAAAAAGAAUACAACACUUUCUCCCAAAACACUCCUUACAAAAUCCAUCCCACAGCCACUACUACUAGCAAAAUGAUAGAUACUAGGGAAAUUACCACUAGACUACAAACUCUAAAUCUUUCUAACCCAGUAGAUUUGGUGGAAAUACCUGAGGAGGAAGAACAACAAGAAACUUCUCCCCAAGCCCAAAUCCAAAUCCCUCCAAAAAAUAAUUAG